AUGAAUAAUUUUUGCACAGAUAAAGAAGAUCAGAAGAAAGAGAAGAGGAACAGGGGAACGAGCAUAGAGGUGUGCGGUUACCCCCUCAGCAUUUUCUUCAUUGUUGUAAAUGAGUUCUGUGAGAGGUUCUCCUACUAUGGCAUGCGAGCUGUACUGGUGUUGUACUUCAAGUACUUCUUGCGCUGGGACGAUGACAUGGCUACGUCCAUCUAUCACACUUUUGUGGCUCUUUGCUACCUAACCCCUAUCCUUGGGGCCAUUGUGGCAGAUUCUUGGCUUGGAAAGUUUAAGACUAUCAUCUACCUGUCCAUCGUCUAUGCUCUCGGUCAGAUCCUAAUGGCUGUCAGUGCAAUCCACGAUAUCACAGAUACAGACCGAGACGGGUCACCAGACAACCUCACCAUCCAUGUUGUAUUGUCCAUGGUGGGUCUUUUCCUUAUCGCUCUUGGCACUGGUGGUAUCAAACCUUGUGUAGCUGCUUUUGGUGGAGACCAGUUCGGUGAUCAUCAGGAACGACAGAGGAGAACAUUCUUCUCUGUAUUCUACCUAUGCAUCAACGGGGGGAGUCUCCUGUCCACUAUUAUCACACCCAUCCUCAGAGCCCAGGAGUGUGGCAUCCACUCAAAACAGGACUGUUAUCCUCUGGCCUUUGGUGUUCCUGCAGCACUGAUGGUUGUUGCACUUGUGGUGUUCAUUGUUGGAAGUGGCAUGUACUACAAAGCUGAACCACAGGGAAAUAUCAUGCUGGAUGUGUGUAAAUGUAUUGGGUUUGCCAUUAAAAACCGCUACAGGCACAGAAGCAAACGAUUCCCAAAGAGGACGCACUGGAUGGACUGGGCAGAAGAAAAAUAUGAUAAACUCCUCAUUGCCCAAAUCAAAAUGGUGUUGAAGGUCCUGUUUCUGUACAUCCCACUUCCAAUGUUCUGGACACUGUUUGACCAAAAGGGCUCCAGAUGGACUCUACAAGCCACCAACCUGGACGGGAACUUUGGGGCGCUUGUUAUACAGCCUGAUCAGAUGCAGACAGUCAACCCCAUCCUGAUCCUGACCUUGGUGCCUAUUAUGGACAGUUUAAUUUACCCUCUGAUCAAGAAAUGUGGCCUGAACUUCACACCCUUGAAGAGAAUGACAGUGGGAAUGUUUCUGGCAGCGAUGGCGUUUGUCUGCGCUGCUCUGGUUCAGCUUCAGAUUGAUCAAACAUUGCCUACCUUCCCAUCUGCAUCUGAGAGUCAAAUUAAACUACUUAACAUGGGCUCUAAUCCACUGACAGUUACAGUGAACCAGAUGAACCCAGUGGAACUUCCUGCAGCUCAGGCAAGUCCUGAUUACUUAACAGUUAAAGGACAAACAAUCACAGUUUCCACAGUCAACCCUGCGGUGUCACAACAAUUUACUUUGACGUUUGAACAUCGACAAACACUCCUCAUUCCUUCUAAUGUCUCUCAGGAAUGGCUAUUGAUUGCAGACAGUACUUCUAAACCAGAAAAAGGCGUCAAUGCAGUCCGUUUUGUAAAUGGAAUGAAUAAAAUGGUGAAUGUAACAAACUUUGAUGUUAUUGAGCCAUUUUAUUACUCCAACUACACCCUGUUAAAAAACGGAAAGAGAUCUUUCAUAAUACAAUCUGGAGCACAGUCAUGUGAUUUCAGCACUACCUUUGGAUUUGGAAGUUCAUAUACUUUCUUUAUCCCCAGCACUUUCACCUUCGGAACAAAUUGUCAGGAGUCUAUCACUGCCAUAGAGGACAUCAAACCCAACACAGUUCACAUGGCUCUUCAGAUCCCACAGUACUUCUUUAUAACUGCUGGUGAAGUCAUGUUUUCUGUUACUGGUCUGGAAUUCUCUUACUCACAGGCACCUAGCAACAUGAAAGCAGUGCUGCAAGCAGGCUGGCUGCUUACUGUUGCUGUUGGAAACUUCAUUGUGCUGAUUGUAGCUGAGCUUGCAAAGCUUCCCAAACAGUGGGCAGAGUACGUCCUCUUUGCCUCUCUCCUGGUCGCAGUGUGCGUCAUUUUCUCCUUCAUGGCAUAUUUUUACACCUACAUCGACCCAACAGAAAUUGAGGCCCAGUUCAAGAAGAAAGAUGAUGAUGAUGAUUAUGGUGACAAAAAGAAGAAAGCAUCAAUUGAGAUGGUGAAGAGAGACUCGGUUACAUCCCAAGAUGAUGCUGGUAGACGAACCAAAAUGUGAAGAAUCUAAAAACCAAUGUGUGCAUGUGUGUGUGUGUGUGUGUUGAAAUGUUUUAUAUUUUAACAAUACAGGAAAAAUAUAGUUGUAGUGGAUGGAGUUAUUAGAUAAUGUAUUUACUUUCAUGAAUCCAUAUAAUAUACAUAACGAUAUAAGCUGUGAUAUGAAAAGCAGAUGAAUACAAUAGUUUCGUUACAUUUACACAUACUGGGUUUAAUUGCUGUCUUAUAUUUAUGUGUAUGAUGUGAUCAUUUUUCUUUUUUCUGCAUCUCUAUCAUUUUCCUGUUGUUAUAGCCCACUGUUUUAGAUAAAAUAAUGUCUGUAUGUCAUAGAAAAUUAUUCAACAUUAACUCCUGUGAACCAAUAAACAGUAUAUAUAUUUUACACCACACAGCAUCGGAGUAUCAUGUAAAUAGAGCAUACAAGUAUGAAUGCAACAUGAGAACUUGAUACUGGAACUGUUGCUAAAACU